AUGUUCGCUCGUCAGGCUCUUCGCUUGGCUGUGCCCAAGGCCGCCGCGCCUCGUUUCUUCUCGUCAUCGACCGCCAACAACCGCGCCGUCGCCGUUCUCGGUGCUUCUGGCGGUAUCGGACAGCCGCUUUCUCUUCUGCUCAAGCAGAACCCUUUGGUCUCGGACCUGCGCCUGUACGAUGUUCGUCUCGCUCCCGGUGUCGCCGCCGACAUUUCGCACGUCAACACCCCCUCCACCACCACCGGUUACCAGGCUGACCAGCUCGGUGAGGCGCUCAAGGAUGUCGAGGUCAUCGUCAUCCCUGCUGGUGUCCCCCGUAAGCCCGGAAUGACUCGUGACGACCUUUUCAACACCAACGCCUCGAUCGUCCGUGAUCUCGCCAAGAAGGCCGCCGAAGUCGCCCCCAAGGCUCACCUCCUGAUCAUCUCGAACCCUGUUAACUCGACUGUCCCCAUCGUCGCCGAGGUGUUCAAGAAGGCCGGUGUCUACGACCCCAAGAAGCUGUACGGUGUCACCACCCUCGAUGUCACUCGUGCUUCCACCUUCCUUUCGGGCAUCUCGGGCAAGAAGCCCUCGGAGACCAUUGUGCCUGUCGUCGGUGGUCACUCGGGUGUCACGAUUGUACCCUUGCUCUCGCAGGCCAACGGCGGUGACGCCGUUGCCAAGGGCGAGCAGUACGAGAAGCUCGUCCACCGCAUCCAGUUCGGUGGUGACGAGGUCGUCAAGGCCAAGGACGGUGCCGGUUCGGCUACCCUCUCGAUGGCUUAUGCUGCCGCCGUAUUCUCCGACUCGCUCCUCAAGGCUCUCAACGGUGAGAAGGGCAUCAAGGAGUGCGCCUACGUCGAGUCGCCCCUGUACAAGGACCAGGGCGCCACCUUCUUCGCCAGCCCCGUCACGCUCGGCAAGGAUGGUGUUGAGGAGAUCCACUCGGUCGGCAAGGUCUCGGCUGAGGAGGAGAAGCUCCUCGAGGCUGCUAUCCCCGAGCUUGCCAAGAACAUCAAGAAGGGUGUCGACUGGUACGCCGCCUCGCCCUAA